GGCUUCGCCCUUUAUUGCAUCGGUCUUCAGGAAUUUCACAUGUUACCAGGGGUUUAGCCAUUGCGUCUAAUAAAUCUACCUUGGGUUUUGAAGCAACUUCUGUGAAAACACCAAAUCGGCCGAUUUAUCUUGAUUUACAAGCUACAACUCCUACUGAUCCGCGUGUACUUGAUGCAAUGAUGCCAUAUUUGACUCAACAAUAUGGUAAUCCACAUUCAAGGACUCACGCAUACGGAUGGGAAGCUGAGAAAGCAGUUGAACAAGCCCGUGUACAUGUAGCCAAUUUAAUUGGUGCAGAUCCAAAAGAAAUAAUUUUUACUUCAGGUGCUACAGAAUCAAAUAACAUUAGUGUUAAAGGCGUUGCACGAUUUUAUAAAACUAACAAGAAGCAUAUUAUCACAACUCAAAUUGAACACAAAUGUGUCCUUGAUUCAUGUCGAGUUCUUGCUGAAGAAGGGUUUGAUAUUACUUACUUACCUGUUAAACCAUCAGGUCUUAUCGAUCUGAAUCAAUUUGCUGAAUCAAUACGUCCUGAUACUUCAUUAGUAUCUAUAAUGAUGGUUAACAAUGAAAUUGGUGUGAAACAACCAA